AUUAACGUUACCGUCAGAAAGAAACCUCUCCAUCGGUGAUUUCUAAUGCGGUAGGUCUCUACUGUGCCAUUUGACAUGAUCAUUACUACGAGGAAGUGCGAUCUUCACCUCCAACGCCUGCUUUGAACAAUCGACGACAUCAUCCGUCGGUUAAAGGAGGCAAGGGGCGCGUCGGCAGGUGUGACGAUAAGGGAUUUGAUGACUACGUAGACCUGAAGAUGAAGAAGAGUUUAGACAAUGCCUUCAUCGGUGAAGUGCUGGUUCGACUUCUUCUUUUAGCCGUGUUUCUAGUUACUGAGGCUUUGCCUCCUUUUACACGGGAGAUUCAGCCAGAAGAACUGUGGCUGUACAAGUUCCACCAUGUGGAGAACGAUCAUGUGCCCACCUCCCUCAUGUUUAGCAUCGCCCUCCUCACACCACUGGUGGCCAUCUUUCUGUUUGCCUUCCUGAGGAGAGCUGAUCGAGGAGACGUAAAGGAGGCCUCUCUGGCGGUGACUCUGACUCUGGUGCUCAACGGGGUCUUCACCAAUGCGGUCAAGCUCACUGUUGGCCGGCCGCGGCCAGACUUCUUUUACCGCUGUUUCCCAGACGGGAAGUUCAACGCGGAGCUGAGGUGCAGCGGCGACCCGGAAGUGGUCAUGGAGGGCAGGAAGAGCUUCCCCAGUGGACACUCCUCCUUUGCCUUUGCAGGGCUGGGCUUUACGGCACUGUACCUGGGGGGGAAGCUGCACUGUUUCAGCCCCGUAGGCAGGGGGCGCUCUUGGAGGCUCUGCGUCUUCCUCAUGCCGCUCCUCUGUGCCAUCCUCAUCGCCGUGUCCAGGACCUGCGACUACAAACACCACUGGCAGGACGUGCUGGUGGGAUCUCUGCUGGGCAUGAUCUUCUCGUACCUGUGCUACCGGCAACACUACCCGCCGCUCAGCGACAUGGACUGCCACCGGCCGCUCCGCCUCAGAGAAGCUUCCGGAACCGGUGGUGGAGCACAGGAGAGCAAGCAGAACCGAUCCGGAUACCUCCUGCCUCUCUAGGAGAACCCCCGCUUCCUCUCUUCACCUCUCCAUCUACCUCCCUCUAUCCCUCCAUCUCUCCCUCUCUCCAUCUAUCUCCCUCUCUCCCUCUGUCCCUUCAUCUACCUCCAUCAUCUCUCACUCUCAUUCUCUUUCACAUGUUCUCUUUCCUUCCUUCCAUCUCUCCCUUCCUUGCUGUAUCUGCCUAUCUCUCUCUCUCUCUCUCUUUAUCUCCAUCUCUCUCUCUCUUUUUAUCUCCAUCUCUCUCUCUCUCUGUUCAUCUCACCCACUCCCACCAUCCUCAUCUCCAUUCCAGAAGGGACCCUCUCUGAGUCAGACUCCUGGGGUCUUCACAGCUCAGAGUCCACAGUAGACUCCUGGGGUCUCCACAGCUCAGAGUCCACAGUAGACUCCUGGGGUCUCCACAGUGGACCGUCCCCACGUUCACCCAUCUCUGUUCCCUCAGGGUUGAAUGGAUGAUGCGAGUGACAGGAAGAGCUACUGUGUGUGCUCACAGUUCAGAGGAAGUAGUAGAGGUUGGUUCCUCUCUUACACGUUAAGCAAUACGCGUAAGCUCUCCAUCCUGUUUGUACGGGUCAGCUUAAACGUAUGCUGGGCCGCCCGUGAUGGUUUGUGGAAGUGUAUGACCAGCUGCUGAGAAGCUGGAGACGCUGCCAACCGUCAGCUAUGUCCACUUGGCUGAGGCAGGAGAGAGAGAGAGAGAUAGAACGGAGAGGAUGUGAGUGAGGAAGGAGAGAAAAAGAGAGAGAGAGAGGGAGAGAGCAGACCCACCUCUGCUGUGGAUGCCCCUGGAGGGAUAAGGGGGAAGUGCAGUCUCAGUAGCACAUUCCCAUGGGGUAGAAGAACACUCAGUGGCCACAUCAUGGGCCUUCUGACCCACCUAAAGGUGGCUACAACUCUGCCUCCCCUACCACCACACCGUUCCAGUAACAUCUUACCCCGACUCUGCCAACAUUCCACAACCCCCUACCCCAACUCUGCCAACAUCCCACAACCCCCUACCCCAACUCUGCCACAAUUCCAUAACCCCCUACCCCAUCUCUGCCACCGUUCCACUACCCCUUACCCCAACUCUGCCAACAUUCCACAACCCCUUACCCCAACUCUGCCAACAUUCCACAACCCCUUACCCCAACUCUGCCACCGUUCCACAACCCCGUCUUCCGCUCCCCUGACUAGUUCUAUAGAUGCUGCCUGUUGUUAUACAGUCUCAUCCAUAGGGGGCACUGCCACCAGGCACUGGGUUGGCCUCCGCUGGGUGUCCAUAAGCCACUCGUGUUGAGCAUUGUGUGAAACAUUCAGGAACUUUAGUAUGUGCGAGCAACAGACAGUGGAGUCUCAGCGUGCUGCCUCUGGCACAGACAGGGUCGAAUGAAGCCUUGCACACUUUUCUUGAAGGGGUUUUGAAAUAAACCGUGGUGAAAUAAACCGUAUUCUGCGCUAACAGGUCCUGUGUAAAACACAUUGGGAGUUUGUGUCAGAUUGUCAACAGUCAUGGUUAGAUGACUGUUUAUUUAUGAAUUUUAGACAUGCAAUUCAGGCCACUUGCCAACAGAGUUUGUAACUUGUCAAAUGUAUGUUGACUCUGCUGGUUGACCUUUUUUUAAAGAACUUUACUAUGUUUGUUUAGGUGAGAACUUUGACCAUACUAUCUGCGGGUGUACGUAUAUCACCCAUAGUUCAUCUUUACUGUACUGCAUCCUAGAAAGAACACUGUGUUCUUUUGGACAUGACUCAUUGACUGUGAAAGCUUAUUGUUGCCAUGGAGUUUGAAAGGUUUACUUACUAUUGGAAAAGACUGUAAUUGAAUGAUUUAAGUAAAAAAAAACACCUGUAAUAAUUAAAAUAUUCAAGUAUUGAAAA